AUGGAGAUCUAAAUUAAGAAUAAAUUGUUAAAGAAAACUAGCAAGUGCUUGAAAAUUAAAAAAAUAAUUAUAGAAAGAGUAAAAGGAAAGUAUUUUAUUAGAGGAAUUAUAGAGUAAAAGGAAAGUUUUUAUUAGAUGCAUUCACUAAAGAGAAUGAAAAUAAUUAGAAUUUAUAAAUAAAGAACUGAAAACUGAAUUUCAAUUUGUUUUAGAUUAAAUAUAAUAGAAUAAGAUAGGUAACAUAAAGAAAUUAGAUUAAAGCAAGAUUUAUAUAGUCUAAUAAACAUUAGAGAAUGAAUUAAUUAAUGAAAUUAAUAGUUUAAUGAAGAUCUAGCAAAAAUAUAUCCAAAAUAUAAAUUUAGACAGUUAACACUUUUUAAAGUUGAAAAUUGAAUGA